UCACGGUGUUCUCCAGCUUUUAAACAGGGCUUCUGAAACAUUUGAGAAACUUGAGACUUCCAAAAUCUCAGAAAAAAUAUUUCAUUUUUAACGCUGCACACAGGCAUGCAUUUGUUUACUUUGGAGUCGGAGAUGACGCCUUCUUUUUUAUUCACUUUUUUCCUGUUGCAAGUUCUCUGGGUCAGUGGAUCACCGGGCUGUGCGUCCUGUGGCGUGCCCGCUAUGGAAAGAACCGCAGAAGAAAGGCAUAUGAUAGAAAUCGUCAAGCAGCAACUUUUAGACAAGCUGCACCUGAAAGAAAGACCAAACAUCACUCAGACGGUUCCCCGGGCAGCGCUCCUCACCGCGCUGCGCAAACUGCACUCUGGGCGCGUCCGACAGGAUGGUACUUUGGAACCAGAAAACAGUUUACCCAAAGAUCAAAGCUAUGAAAUUGUGAGCUUUGCAGAUCUAAAUGAGACAGAGAGUGGGGAUGCAGCUAGCCUCAGCCUUGCCUUCCAGUUUCUACAGGAGCAAGGCCAAAAUAUCCAGGUGAUCCAGUCUUCUCUGUGGAUCUAUGUCCGCUCCUCUGAGGACCGCUAUAGAGACUCCCGCCUCUCUGCUCAGGUUUUUCUCUCUGCAGAAGCUGGGGUGCCAGGAGCUAACCGCACCCUGGUGAUGGAAAAGAUGCUGGAGGUGAAGGUGAGUAGCUGGCACACCUUCCCCAUCACCCGCACCUUGCAGGCCUUUCUGGAAGGGGCCCGGCACAAGCUGCGUUUGGAGGUAAACUGCGAUGAGGAUGGGAAGAACCUUUGCUCCCUGGAUGGCUCUACCGACACCCUCAACCAGCCCUUCCUGGCUGCCCAGCUGCGUCUCCGAGAAGACCACUCCAAACACUCUCUCAGGAAGCGCUCGGUACGUUGUGGUGAAGAUGUAAGCGUGUGCUGUAAGAGAGAAUUCUACAUCAAUUUUAAAGAUAUCCAGUGGAAUGACUGGAUCAUUGCACCUGAGGGCUACCAUAUGAACUACUGCAUGGGUCAGUGCCUCCAGCAUCUGGCUGGAUCCCCGGGCAUAGCAUCCUCAUUCCAUGCCACUGUCUUCAGCCAGCUGAAAGUCAAUGGCAUUAACGCAGAUGUAUCUUCAUGUUGUGUUCCUACUGAGCGACGGCCACUCUCCAUGGUGUACUUCAACUCCCAGCACAUCAUUGUCCAAACGGACGUCCCUGAUAUGAUAGUGGAUUCCUGUGGAUGUACAUAAAGGAUUUGUAAAGAUAUGUUAUAGUUAACAAAUACUUUUUUAAUACGGGAUAAUUAGACAAACAGAAUGAUAAUACAUAAUAACAGAGGAGGAGUAAAUCUUAUUUGGGACAACAAAUAACUCUAAAUACGCUGUUACUUGUACUCUUUUCUUCCCAAAUAAAACACACAAGUGUGUGGAAAUAAUAUAUAAAUAAUAAAAAAACACAUCAUUUAGCAGUUUACACAUACAUAAACAAUUGUCUUUUAAUAGUUGGCAUAAAGACCAUGAGAUCUUUCUGUUUUAUCACACAGUUUGUCACUCAUUAGAUUUUGAGAGAAGGGUUUGAGAGAAAAUGUGCCUAAAACCUAAAUAAAAUUAUACACUGAGUCUCAAUGAAGACCAUUUUUUUUAAACCGAGGCACUAUAAAAUAAAGUUAAUAAACUAAGAAACGUUAAAAGACAUACAAUAGACAAAAUAAUAUUUGUGAUAUUAUCGUAAACCAAAUAUAGAGCUGUAAAGUGGCUAUUAGUCCCGCUUAAGACACUGCUUAUGGAGGUCAUAUGAAACACUAAGAGAUUAAUGUAAUGCCCUCACUGUAGUUCAUUUUAAAGAUGCAUUUUCUUUUUCAUUUUCGUCAUAUUUAGAUUAUUUAUUUUGUAUUUUACAAUUGCUGCUGGAUUUCAGUGGAAUUCAGUCCAAAAACAUUUGGUGUAGAACUGACCUGUUAAAGAGAGGCUUUUAAAAUAACCUUAAUUUAUAGUAUGCCUUCAACUUGUGUCAAGGCACAAAGAUAAUCCAGUAUUAGUGAGUAUUAUUACUGACUAAUGCUGUCUUUUUAUGUCAAACUUUUUUGUAUUUUAUUUUGGGUUUUUCUUUUGAAUUACACCCAAAGAAGAUUUUAAUUGUACUGUGAAGUUAUGGUGAGUGUUUGAACUUGUCACGCUUUGACCAUGUUCAAUUAGCCCCAAGUUCUGUCUGAGCACAGCCAAUGAUGCACGUAGGUUGAAAUUUGUUUGAUCAGCAUCUCCACUGUAUUAUUUACACAAGUCGGAUAAUCAGUUGGGUAACUUUAUCUCUGACAGCAUAUGAACCUAAGGUCAUUUCUCAGCAGCGUGAGCAAACAUUUAGCUAUUGCCUCAGUGUCAGGUAAUGUGAAGGUCUGCGAGGCAGGUCACAGAGCAUGUGGGGUUGCAUGUUGGCAUUAAUAUCUCAAAGUCUAAAGUUUUCUUGGAUGAUGUAAAUUAGGAGCAAUCUGGUAUUAUUUUUUCUUUUUUUAAACAACUUCUUUGUUACCCAAUAGUACACAUUUAUAGUCCUACAAUUUAUAAGUGAGUGUAAAAAGUACUAUGUCCAAUCCUAAAGAAUAUUAAGUAAGAUAUAUACUUUGAAAAAUGCCAGCAUCUACACUAAAAUAACUUAGCUUAAAGUUAAUGAGCACUUUUGCCUCACAAUGCAACACGGACAUGGAGGAACACACAUGGGGAACAUUUUACAUUUUCAAAAAGUUGUGUCAAUUCAAGAAUGUAUUAUUUACAAUAAUGUAUCGUAAAUGGACUACAAAGAUAUAAUAAUAUAUUUAUAGUAAAUUCCUGAGUCACAGGCCUUACUUCUUGCCUAUGUUUACACCGAGUGUUGGAAAAGCCAAAGAUGUUUUCUGUAGUUUUUGUGGAUUGUACUGGCAUUGCACAAAUGUUAUUUUGAUGGCAAACAUACUUGGGCUUUUUGCCUCACAAUAUUUUUCAUAACAUUUAUGUCCAAAUAGCCCACAAACUUGUUUCAGGUAUCUGUUGCCUCUAAAAGCUUCUCUUGUAUUAUUAUCUUGUAAACCAAUUGUAUUAUUGUGUAUUAUUUUAUCUUGCAAGCACCCUCUAUCCCAUGACUCAAUGUAACAUUGAGGCACCAUCAUAACAUAACUUAUAAAGCACUUUAUCACCCUACUGUAUUUUAAGAGCAAAUUCUGCUAGAGGGUUCUACUACUUAUAAGUCUAACGGAAAACUAUUGAUACUGCGCCUUCAGAAAGCAUAUGUCAAUCAUCUUAUUUUCUCAAGCUCUAAUUGAGUUUAAAUGCGUUGUAUUGCAUGUUUUUGCAGAGCACAUAUAUAGAGUUUCUGUAUACUGUAACUGGUGGAAAUGGAGUCAGGAUUAGAAUUUUGUGUCAAUUGAAAUGUGUAAUUAUUGUCUUUAUUUUUAUAUAAUGCUAUAUUUUGAGCAUAAUGUAUGAGUUGUAAUAUUACUUCAAUGCAAAAUGUGUGUCGCAAUGUGCUGACAUGAUAUGAUUAUAGCAAAGUAUAUUGUUAAUAAAUAAAUGAAUAUUU